AACAAAGAUUUGACAAUGAAGGGCAAGAGUGACUUACAAUCUUCCUCCAAGGCAUCUGAGGAGGAAGAAGGGGAUUACGAGACUGUAAACUCUUCCACUCUGGAGGCCAUCCAAGCUUUGAGAAUCCUUCCUGCCAAACCUAUACAAGAAUCUGAAUAUGCAGAUAAACGUUGUUUAAGGCCUGCAGGUACCGCUUCCUCAACGAACAGCCAGCACACAUCUCAGCCCCCUCAAUACUCGGCUGACCCUGUGCCUCCCCCACGGCCUCUGACGACACUGCCAAAGCAGUAUCAGCCGCUUCCUCCAGAGCCGAAGAUAAGCAGCCCGUUCUUUCACACGAGGAAAAUGCUCAGCCAAGCUCACACCUUUCCAGUAUCAGCAAAAGUCACAAGCCUUCAAUGUACUCGGAGCUCUGAAGAUGUUUGCAGCUCAGGAUCCACGUUAAACAUAGAGAAUUUGUCAGUGAAGAAGUCACCAUCUCCUACACCGUACACAGCAUGCAAAAAUAAAUCAAAACAUUCACUUGUAAAACGGGAAAGGCAAUCUCUUACCCAUCCCAUUGAAAAGGAUUUAAAAGAAUAUGAAUGGUACAUUGGAGAAUAUGAUCGCCAUGAAGCAGAGAAAGCACUGUUACAGGAAAACACUGAUGAGACAUUCUUGGUUAGAGAUUGCUCAAAGAAAUCAAACACUGAACCGUAUGUUUUGGUGGUCUAUUACAAAAGAAGAGUAUACAACAUAAAAGUACGUUUUCUGGAAGACAGUCAACAAUAUGCACUGGGAACGGGGCUCAGAGGAGAUGAUAAAUUUAAUUCUGUGAAAGAAAUCAUUGACUUCUACAAAUACGUUCCCAUCACGCUCAUUGACGGAAAGGACAAAUCAGGAAUCCAAAGAGAACAAUGCUAUCUUACAUAUCCAUUCAAGUCACGCAAAAGAGGUCUUCUGCCUUAA